UGUACGCUCGGUGGAGUAGAGCUGCGUCUGUCACUGCCAGGAAAAGAAACUGUGGCCGCCUGUUGUGGUCAAACCGUCCUGUCAAUUUGAAUUUUUUGACAUUUAAAGGUGCUUCACAUGUUCCUCUGAGGAAUGAGGAUUGAGAAUAACAAUAAAAAACACUGUCGCAUCUUCGCCUCGAUUGAUUCCUGCGACCAGAGUCUGGUUUGAAAUUGGGACAUUUCACAGGCACUCGGCUGGAUGGAGCGGCGGCAGCAGCAGCAGCAGCAGCAGCGGGGUCUCUGUGGCCGCGGGGCUGAUGGACACACCAUGCGUCUGUCCAUCACCUCGACCACCGGCUGCCCGGUGGAGCUCACUGUGCCCCGAGGGGAAACUGUCGAGGGACUGAGGACACGCAUCUCCCAAAAACUCCGGCUGCAGAGGAACAGGACCGUGCUCCUGCAUAAGGACAGGCAGCUGACUGCAGGGAAACUGCUGGACCUGGGAGUAGCAGAUGGCAGCAAACUGACCCUGGUCCCUGUCAUCGAAGCUGGUUUAGUAUGCUCGACUGCCAGAGCCGAGAGAACCAUGAUGGACGUGUUGGAGAGUUUGACAGAAUCUCAGAUCAGUGACUUCCUGUCUGGGCACUCACCUCUGACCAUCAACCUGGGAAUUGGUGCUCAUGUGAUGUAUGUGCAGCUCCAGCUGUCUGCGCAGGAUGUGAGGGAGUUGCAGCGCGACAGGGAUGCGAGAGUCCAGGGCAGCAGCGAGCUUCAAAGUGGCCUGCCACCGGCCGGCAGUACGAGCCACCCAGGCUCUGCCUCCGCUACCUCACCUGCCUCCCAAACCUCCUCACCGGCCCCGGAAUCUGCUGACUCCACAUCCCAUAUCCAACUCAGCACUCAAGGAUCCAGGACUUCCUUAAACUCCACAGCUCCCACCCCCUGCACAUCCACCUCUGUCCCUACUGUAAACCGCUAUCAGCACUCAUCUCUACCUCAACCCUGUCACUCUAUACGCACACCUCCCACUGUUCUUUCAACUGCUCCGUUGCCCUCUGGUCGUCCACGUCCCAGCUGUCCACUACAAGCAGCCACACCGGUCUGUUCACCUGCUCCCACCGGCUCCAGUCCAGGACCCCCGAGCCCAGUGCCAGCCUCAACCUUCAACACGCCUAAUGAUUGUGCCUCGGCCACUGAAGAGCUGUGCAGGCAGCCAGGAGCAGUCAUAGAAAGUUUUGUGAACCACUCUCCUGGCGUCUUCUCCGGGACUUUCUCUGGCUCUCUGGCUCCCCACAGUCACACUGACAUCAGCCACCCACGACGAGGCAUCGGCAUCAUACUCCAGAUUCUCAGUGACCUCCUCAGAGCGGCCUGUCACCACCAGGAGGCACCACCCACCCUCUCUCAAGGCCACUGUCCUGCUUUAAACCUUCCAGUCGGCCCAGUGCUCACAGCAGAGGAGCCCAGCAAAGCAAGGAGCAAACCACUGGAGGCCCAGAGAGCAGAGCACUUCAGCAAAGCUACAGGUGAGGAGCGUCGCCCCCUCGGCUCUUCGACAGAGGAGGAUCACACCUUGCACUGUAAGCUAGAGCACCUCCAGUCUCUGAUGCAUCAGCGGCGCCUUCGCAGGCGGACUCGCAGGAACUCGCAAACUUCCCGCCCAUACCAACAUUGUCAACAUCAACCCUAGCCUCCCGGACAGGAGAGGUCCACUACACUGUGAGAAAUAGCAGUGGCAGCUCACUGAAGAGCGAGGGCACCUCCUUUGAUGAACAGAAGGAACUGUUGUGGAAAUCACGGGGGGUGCACUCUUAUUUGCCAUUUUAUACUAAAAGUAUUUCUGAGGAAUGUAAUCCCAAAAGCUCUGAAGACUCUUGGUGCACUGAGCAUGUUAUUUCAUUUACGUCCGUCAACGACAAUGGCUGUCACCGUUAUGUAGCAUAUGCCACAAAAGAUUGCGGUGUAAAGCGGUGUGUUUGUACAAGAACCUCUUAUUGUGUGUGUUUUAUGUGUACACUGCCUUAAUCAUCCAUGUCUUGAAUGUAAACUAUGUUUUGGUCUGUAUGCAGGAUGUUACUAUAAAUAUUUUACUCAUGCAGUGGUAACAGAAACUCGGGGGGGGGG